AUGGCCGCGAGUGGAGGGGCCUUUGGAACGACAGGAGAGGUAAAUGCCGAGCACGAUGGUCGGGAUGGCCUGUCUGAAUCUAAGGCACUUUCGAUCCCCCGUCUGUUGCUAUCGGGGCUGGUGCCGCCCUGUCCCACAAAUGCUGCUCCUUCACCAAAGGAAAGCACUACGCCGCACAGCACUUCGGAUGUAGCGACUUACGCCGCAAAAAUCAUGCGGCGCAACUCAGAUCGUCGUCUCAAGAAAGGCACUAACAAGGGACGAACAAGUAAGGACCCUUUCACGUCAAGUACGAGCGGCGUAUUGAAUUAUGAGUCCAGUAGCGCAGAAAAGACGGAGACCAGCCAGACGAGCCAGCAAAUCGCGUUUGCUGAGAAUUUCAUCAGCUCGUACAAAAGGAGCCUCUCUUACAGCCUCAGCAACGUCCCAGCCGGGCCAUCGAGUGAAGCAACCUCGAAGUCAUCCUCCAGUUCCAGCUCGACCAACAGGGGUCUCGGUGAAGCAACCUCGAAGUCAUCCUCCAGUUCCAGCUCGACCAUCCACGAGGACGAGCUUGAAAAGCAAAAGGUGGCUGAUGUGCCGGCACCGACAGGAGAUCCUCAACAUGCUUUGGGACAAGAGGAAGGCGCCUUUGGCUUGGCAUUCUCGGAGUUUGAUAUGCGUCGGGCGCGCUCCGCGGACGCAAGGGUACAGCGGGAAAAGCGGAAAAGCAGUAAGGAGAGGCCAGCUGCUAGCCCGGGAGACCGGUCUUGUGAACUUGAGCAGGAAUCGGCUCGCAGUCCGAAUGCAGUGAGCGCGGCGAAAAGACG